UCUGCCUGCUUAUUUGUAUACAGUAGGCUAGCCGAUGGACUGGAUACUUGAAUUAGGCUUAUUGAUUUUUUCCCAUCUUGAGCAAUAGGUCUAUUGGCUUUGUGCAGCGCGAACUUUUUUGUGCAUGCGGUCUUCACCAAAUGAGCUGUUUUUAGUUUUUCUAAUGAUGCGCUGCUUCGCGGCUUUGUUGUCCGUCGUGCUACGGGAGGUUGAGUUAGUAGCAAGUCUUGCAGAUGAAUAGGCGUCGUUCACGAUUUGGGAACUCCGUUUACGACGCACGAUGGGGAUGACACAGACGAAGGGAGCCACGUCGGACUCCGGCAGGUCAUGCUCACUGCUCAGUGCCUGGAGACGGACGCAGAGCGAAUACAGGCGGCGGUCGUCGGGUGAUCGUCUGGGAAGCGGCGGGGCUCCUCCACCCUACCAGAGACGCAUCAGUAUGAUCCAGGGGGUGUUGAUGAUGGCUAGGGACGGGAGACAAGAGGACGCAACCGAGCUGCUGAAGACACUCCGACAGGAUCUAGGCAUGGAGUCCACGUCUCUGGAUGAUGUGCUGUACCGCUACGCCAGCUUCAGGAACCUGGUGGAUCCUAUCACCCACGACCUCAUCAUCAGCCUGGCCAGAUGCGUGACCUGCCCCAAGACGGAACGGGAUUCCCUGGGUGCUAUGGAGAAGGUGUGUCAUCAGUUGAUGUACCACCUGAGCCCUCACUCCCAGUGGCGCAGGCAGGGGCUCCUGAAGAGCAAGCUUCAGCCCAGUCUGAAAGUCGCCCUCUCUUCCCCUCCCGUGGGCGAUGCCGUUGACCUCUCUGGCGUGCCACUGGGUGUAUGGGACAUGGAGUGCCUGGCUGCCCACCUCUGUCUGCACACCACCUGUGUGCGAAGCCUCGAGUUGGGCUUCACCGAGCUCACGGACCAGAGAUCGAACACUAGAUCGCAACAACGUGGACAUCUUUUCCCUCCCUCAGCCCUUCCUCAUGGGCCUAAGGAAGCACUGCCCCAAGCAGUGCAAGCUGCCCACCAUCCAGGAGCAGGAAGAUGCCCAGAGACAGGAGGGCCAUGCCCAGGGAAAGUACUCCAACGGCAUGCCAACCGAGGGGGAAAGCAGGGCUGGAGCUGUGGAUGGGACCUCUGGGGAGUGGCAAGGAUGGAGGACACUGGACGAUACUGAGGAAGAGGAAGAGGAAGAGGAGGAAGAGGAGUUAGAGGAUGAGCUAUGGGACUGUAACAUGAGGAAUCCAGUGAAUGGAGACGGAAUACAAAAAUAUUUAAAAAGCGUUGUGCACAGUGGCGUUGGCAAAUCAUCAUUCAGCCAAUCCAAACAGCCAAUAGGAAGGAAGAUUGAUGAUCACGUGUCCCCUCAGUCAACCAAUCAGACCUGAACAAAUUCUGGGGGCUGUAUAUUGAGUGAGGUGAAACAUUCAGAAAGUUGCAGAUAGAAACAAAUGAAUAGAGCUGACACCAUUCCCUAUUCGCCAGACACAAUGGGACCAUCUCAUCCCAAAAGUUGACUCAAGUUUGCCAAAAAGCACAUGGAAGUACCUGAAUGAUCAUCAAGACUCUUGGAAGA